AUGGCCUCGAACGAUAUUGUAGUCCUCGGGAUAUCUAACCUUAGUAUCCAUGCGCGCUUUAGAGCAGGGGUCAUUGGCCUUACGACGGCGAUGCUGCUCUCUCAAGACCCCGAGAACCAUGUCACAGUCGCCGCAAAGCAUAUGCCAGGGGACUACGAUAUCGAAUACACUUCACCGUGGGCGGGUGCUAAUUACCUCCCAGUCGGCCAAGAGAAUCACUUGAUCGGGCAAUGGGAAAAAGCGACAUGGCCGCACCUUCGGGAAUUGGCCCAGAACUGCCCUGAAGCAGGCAUCCAUUUUCAGGCGUGCAAGUAUCGUGAAUUAUCCUCAGAUGAGCUCAAUCCCGAGAUCGACAAUGCCAACAGCUUUACUUCCGUCUGCAUCAAUACGGCCCUCUAUCUACCAUGGCUAGUUGGUCAAUGCAGAAAGAAUGGAGUCGUGUUUAAAAGGGCUAUUGUCGAUCACAUCUCAAAAGCCGCUGAUCUUCAUCACUCCGGGAAGAAGGCAAAUGUCGUGGUGAAUUGCACUGGGUUGUCUGCUCGUAGCUUGGGGGGUGUCAUGGAUACGACCCUCAUGCCAGCGAGAGGCCAGAUUGUUGUUGUUCGAAACGAUCCUGGUUUGAUGGCUACGAUCUCUGGAACGGAUGACGGCGAUGAUGAGGCUACGUAUAUUAUGACGCGCGCUUCUGGCGGGGGCACUAUUCUUGGCGGAUCAUACCAAAAGAACAAUUGGGAUCCCAACCCCGAUCCAAAUCUAGCAAUUCGAAUCAUGAAAAGAUGCAUCGAAUUGUGUCCCGGUUUAGUAGGCGAAGGCCAAGGUAUCGAAGCUCUCAGUAUCAUUCGACACGGUGUCGGUUUGCGCCCACUUCGCGAGAGUGGUCCUCGCAUAGAGAAACAGAAGUUUGAUGAUUUCUGGGUGGUUCACAACUAUGGACAUGCAGGCUAUGGGUAUCAGACAUCUUACGGGAGUGCAGCCGAUGCAGUGGCAUUAGUGAACCAAGCUCUACAGCACGCGAAGAGAGCGAAGCUGUAG